AUGACUACAACUACCAUAAUACCCUAAACAGAAAGGCUAAACAUGGCAGGCUCCUCUGCAGGAAUGACUGCACUGCUAUGUAAUAUGAAUAAACAAAUUGCAAUAUUUUAUCCAACGAUUACUUACCAAAGGCACAAUUGGUGUGUGAUAAGGAGAAUAUGUAUGUUUGUCUCCCGAUGCCAGAGUCAAGCCCAAACAAAACCGAAAAGUGCUCCCCAGGAGCUGGUAGGUGUGGUGGGUCUGGAGAUCCAUGCUCAGAUCCACUCCAACACCAAGCUGUUUUCUGGCUCCCAGGUCGGGUUCCAGGCUCCACCUAACUCCCUGGUGUCCUUCUUUGAUGCCUCCUUACCUGGAACUCUACCUGUUCUGAACAGACGAUGUGUGGAGGCUGCAGUGAUGACAGGUUUGGCCCUUAACUGUACCAUCAACAGGAAGUCUCUCUUUGACAGGAAGCACUACUUCUAUGCUGACCUUCCUGCGGGCUACCAGAUCACCCAACAGAGGCUGCCCAUCGCGGUGGACGGCACCCUGACCUACAGUCACCUGGGGGGCCGUAAGAGGAACGCGGUGGUCACCAAGAGUGUCAGGAUCAAACAGAUCCAGUUAGAGCAGGACAGUGGCAAGAGCCUCCACGAUGACUACAGGAACCAGACCCUUAUAGACCUCAACAGAGCAGGUGUGGGUCUGAUGGAGCUGGUGAUGGAGCCAGACAUGAGCUGUGGAGAGGAGGCAGCAGCAGCCGUCAGAGAGAUGCAGCUCAUACUGCAGGCUCUAGGGACCUGCCAGGGAAACAUGGCUGAGGGCCAGCUGAGAGUGGAUGCCAACGUGUCCGUCCACAGACCUGGGGAUCCUUGGGGCAUCAGGACUGAGGUCAAGAACAUCAACAGUGCCCGCAACCUGGCCAGGGCCAUAGACUAUGAGAUCCAGAGACAGAUGUUUGUCCUGAAGAGCGGCGGCACGGUGCAGAACGAGACACGGUCGUUUGAUGGCAAGACUGGUCACACCAUUCCAAUGAGAGACAAGGAGGGCCUUCAGGACUACAGGUUCAUGCCGGAGCCCAACCUGCCUCCUCUGAUGGUGUACGAGGCGUGCUCUACAGCCCCCCCUGGUGUUGCCCCCAGCCAGAUGGUGGUUCUGGAGGAGGUGAGGGAGAGGCUGCCGGAGCUGCCCAGCGUCAGGAGGCAGAGGCUGGUGGAGACCUACGGCAUCCUCCCCGAACACAGCUUCACCCUGGUGAAUGAGGACGGGCUGAUGGACUACUUUGAGGCCGUCGUCAGGGAGACCAAGGCUGGGCCGAGAAAGGUGAUUGGCUGGGUGAUGAACGAGCUGCAGGGCCUCCUCCAUCAACAGAACCUGAGUGUCAGCCAGAGUCUGAUCUCUCCUCAAGCUCUAGCCCAGAUACUGAAUCUCCAGGAGAAUGGACAAAUCUCUUCUUCUAUCGCCAAGCAGGUGUUCCAGGAGCUGUGGAAGACCCCAGGUAAAACGGCCCAGCAGAUCGUCAAGGAGCAGGACCUGGGGAUGGUCAACGACAGCACAGAGAUCCACAGGAUUUGCCAGAAGGUGGUGGACUCACACCCAGACCAGGUCCAAGCCAUCCGCAGUGGGAACAAGAAGGUUCUGAACAAGCUCAUGGGUCUGGUCCAGAAGGAGACGAAAGGCAGGGCUGACCCAGUCCUGGUACGGGCCAUCCUGGAGCAGAAGACCUCCUGAGGACUAACUAACACUGUCUGUGGCCACCUUGACUGCCUCAACCUUGACAUGCCUGGUGGAAUAUCAAACUGGUCCAAGAAGCAUGAUAUCAUUAUGGCUUCAUCAUAGUUAAUGUCCUCUGGUCAAGAGGAUUAUUGUUGCUAAAUCAACUGUCUGUCAUGUUGUCUUCUGUCUUCCGUAACCGCCUUUAAGUUGUUGCAGUUGUAUUGUAGCUUUUAUUUGUGUACAUAAAUAUAUUCUAAUUCUC